AUGACUGCCACCAACAGCUCAAUAUUACAACAUCUUUCUGCUGUGCAUAACGACAACGGAAUAUUGGCCACAAUGCAUUGUCCAGCCAAUAUAACCGAGGUUGUUCGGGAAUGUUAUCGUAGCUAUGUGCAAGCAUAUGACCUCGAUGUUGACAUAUCUGGAAAACUACCAUUGAUCUCCAACUUCACUGCGGCACUGAAACCUUUGUACGAAUCUGUACAGAAGACAUGCAGGCCGUACAAUAACUUGCACAAGUGUAUCAGAGAAAGCACCGGUGCAAACCCGAUGAGCGAUUGCCUGAGCUUACGAUUGUACCUGGCGUUGACUGCCAAGUUCGAAGAUGGUUAUCAAUAUCUCUAUUACUUUGGAGAGUUUGAGUAUAUGUGUGGUGAGGGUUACAAAGUUUUUCGAGCGAAUGAGCAGUGUUUAGCUGAAGUUAAAAAGAAUGAAACAAUCGAGAAACAACUGAAUUUCUGCAAAUCACAAACGUACGGAAUGAACCCUGCAGAUAUUUGCAACACUUCUUUAACAAGAACACGAUGUGCGUUAAAAGAAAUGGAGCGUGCAUGCGGGAAUGAUGUUGCCGAUGCCUUGUGUGCGCUUGUAUAUAACACGGCGCUCUAUUUUGCGCCAUUAAUCAGCUCAAAUUGUGCGAAGCAUUUCAAAGCCGAAUGCAAUGAGCAUUUAUAUGAUGGACAGUCCACGUCCCAGUUAUUCACUGGACGGUUCACGUCCCCGUCAUCUACUGGACAGUUCACGUCGCCAUCGUUUGCUGGACAGUCUAUAUCGCCGUCAUUCGUUGGACGGCCCACUUCGCCGUCAUCUGCUGGACGGCCCACGCCUCUGUCACCUGAGGGACGGUUCACGUCUCCGUCAUCUAGUGGACAGUUCAUAUCGCCGUCAUCUACUGGACAGUUCGCAUCGCCGUCAUUCGUUAGACGGCCCACGCCUUUGUUACCAGCUGCACGGCCCACGCCUUUGUUACCGGCUGCACGGUUCACGCCUCGGUCACCUGAUGGACGGUCAACGCCUCCGUCAUCGUCUGGACGAUCUACGUCGCCGUCAUCUGCUGGAUGGCUCAUCACUACGAUGUCGAUUCUUUGUCAAUUCGUUUUCAUCAAUAGUGCUCUUUUGAAUGUUUCUUCUUGUAUUACACUGAAUGUUUGA